GCGGAGCGUUUCACAGAUGCGACCCAUAUGCAGGGUUCCAAAGUUCGCGAGGAAAUCCCACCGUUAUCGUCGAUUCUGAAGUUUCUAGCGACAUCGGUCGAGUAUGUAUUGAUCAGAUGAUCUUGGAUGAGGAUGAUGGAAAUCUAUGUCGUGGCUCUCCUCCCAGCUCUAGUCAUGCUCACAGAUGGCGCCACAACACGAAUGUCCUGUAACCAGCAUGGCUGUAUUGGCCAGCCGUACAACAUCACCUGUGACAUCUCCGGGACAGUCGCAGCUGGGAUCACGUGGAGGAGCCCCGGGGGUGAGGAGGUGAUGACCUGCCCCCCUACCAGUGGGGAGUGUCGGGGCGUGGCAGGGUACAAGCUGGUCGUGGACACAGGCACCAGGCAGGUGCUCCAGGUGGAGGAGUUCUCCCCGGGGGCGGUGGGGAGGUGGGCGUGUCAUGAUGGCAGCACCCCACCCACCUCCUACUGUCAGUGUGGAGAACUUGUUUCGCCGGAGCUCAGUGGCCUGACUGCAAGUUGCAUCCAGGAAGAGGAGAGCUUUGUGGUGGCAUGUACAGGGUUGCAGAACCAUGGGGCACCUGCUGUUGUCCUCACACUUAAUGGAAGCACUUUUGCUGAGUCGACAUCAGUUGGUUCUAGUCUCUCCAUGAAGGACACCAAGCUGAAUGGAGAGGUCUUCAUGUGCUCAGUAACUGGAGCAGCUACUGUGUGCCUUGAUGCCAGCACUGUCACACAGAUAUACACGACAUGCCCAGGUAUAUCGUGCAGGUCGAUCAACACGUACCUGAUUGUUGGCGAAGUUAUUCUGUGGAUCUCAGGCCUCACGAACCUCAUUGUGUUGUACCUCGGCUCUACAGGCGAGCGUGUCUACACUGGGCAGGAAGAGAUGGUGGAGAAAGGAACGCUCUGGCUGUUGGGCAUCGUCCUGGGGGUGCUCAUGCUGCUGCUGGGAACCAUCCACGCCAUCCUGGUGUCUCAGUUCUGUUCAGUGUCGACAAGUGUGCCCAUCGCUGGGGCGGCAAUGUGUGGAUUUACUCUCCUCAUUGGUCUCAGUUUGCUGGUCAUCUCUGUACUGAAGAAAGUGACCUCGCAGAACACGGAGUAUCAACUGCCCGAAGACCUGAAGAUCACGAGAGGCGACACGUCAGCACUGGAGGAAGAUACGGAUGAGCUAGAAGAAGACAAGUGAUACUUUUUAUAUUUUAUCCUGCCCAUUUGAGCUUGACACCACUAUAACCAUCUCCGUCCACAUGAUAUUGUGUCAACCAUCUUUAGAUUUAGAUAUACACCAGCACAAGGAGAACAAAUGAUGUUGGGGUUCCACUGUAAUCAGAUACACCACAUUGCAAUCAAACUGAAUGGUAAAUGUACUACUGGAAAAAGAACUUAUUCUCAUCAACUUUAAAUAACUGAAUACAGAUUAUAAUUUUGUGAAUGAGGUUGAGUGGGGUUUUUUCAAUAUCUUUGUAUGAGAAAAACAUUUGUCAGGACAUGCCCUGGUGUGUUUUCUUUUAUACAUAUCUGGGUAAUCAGGAAGAUUUUGCUUCUAAUUUCUUUCUUUCUAGAUUUAAUAGCAAUGUAAGCGUUACAUGUGCACAUCAUUGCUUGGCGGGGCAGUCGGGUAGCCUAGUGGUUAAAGCGUUCGCUCAUCACGCCGAAGACCCGGGUUCGAUUCCCGACAUGGGUACAAUGUGUGAAGCCCAUUUCUGGUGUCCCCAUUCAAUGUGCUGAAAUAUUGCUAAAAGCGGCGAAAAACCAUACUCACUCACUCACUCAUUGCUUGGCAGUGUGUCAGGUGAAAAUAGGUUUGUUCAAAUUCAAAUUCAAAUUGUUUAGUCCAAUUUAUUUAAAAAGCUAUGUUUGUGAAAAUACAUCAAGACCUGUGCACGGGUUCAGUCAGCUAGUAGACGUUCCUCCAUUUAGGCUCAGGAUAGUCUUAGUGCUAAGAUGAUUGUAACUCCCAUACUUUAACAGAGGCUCAGGAUAGUCUUAGUGCUAAGGUGAUUGUAACUCCCACACUUUAACAUAGGCCCAGGAUAGCCUUAGCACUUAAGUGAUUGUAACUCCCAUACUUUAACAUAGGCUUAGGAUAGUCUUAGUGCUAAGGUGAUUGUAACUCCCAUACUUGAACAUAGGCUCAGGAUAGUCUUAGCACUUAAGUGAUUGUAACUCCCAUACUUUAACAUAGGCUCAGGAUAGUCUUAGUGCUAAGAUGAUUGUAACUCCCAUACUUUAACAUAGGCUCAGGAUAGUCUUAGUGCUAAGGUGAUUGUAACUCCCACACUUUAACAUAGGCUCAGGAUAGUCUUAGCACUUAAGUGAUUGUAACUCCCAUACUUUAACAUAGGCUUAGGAUAGUCUUAGUGCUAAGGUGAUUGUAACUCCCACACUUUAACAUAGGCUCAGGAUAGUCUUAGCACUUAAGAGAUUGUAACUCCCAUACUUUAACAUAGGCUUAGGAUAGUCUUAGUGCUAAGGUGAUUGUAACUCCCAUACUUGAACAUAGGCUCAGGAUAGUCUUAGCACUUAAGUGAUUGUAACUCCCAUACCUUAACAUAGGCUCAGGAUAGUCUUAGUGCUGAGGUGAUUGUAACUCCCAUACUUUAACAUAGGCUUAGGAUAGUCUUAGUGCUAAGGUGGUUGUAACUCCCAUUC